UCUUCCCAAGUCUCACUGGUGCCAAAGAACGUUGCUAGUGGAAAAGAUAAUGUAACACUUGAAGUUGAACUAACAGCUAGAAGCUGCGACUUGAGAGGAUAUUAACACAUGUGCGGUUAAACAAAUUGCAUAUAAAACUUAACAGGAAUUGCAGUUUUAAUACCAAUUUCAUUAUAUAUUAGAUAACAUGAAUUGCAGACCUGAUACAUAUAACCUUAACAACAAUGAGAGGACUGAAUAUGACCGUCGAUAUAUAAGCUGCACCACCCACUGACUUCUCUUCCCUCUCCACAUGUUCAACCUGUGAGAGAAAUAUAAACCAAUUCACAAUUUUAUUUUAAAAAUAUGUGUAAGAGACUCAUGACUCAUAUGAAGAUACCCACAUAACACACAUUUUUUUUGUUCUUUCUUCUUCCUUUCCUAAACUCUUCUGCUUUAUUUCCAUCCCAUGUUUCUCCAUAUAAAUAAAGAAGGUCAGGCUCUCCUCUCAUGGAAAACUCAGGUAAACAUUCUGGAGAGGCUUUACCUUUCAGGAACAUCGUAGAGACAAAUCCUUGACAAUGAUGAAAUGCGAGGCAAUUCUCGGAGAUACAACUACAUGUCAUAGAAUUUCAAGCUCUGUUACUGACAAUUUAUCCCCAGAAGCUAAAGUCUAUUACUUCACUCUUAACAUCUGUGAAGCACAAGUUUGAUCCCUAACAAAAUCAGAGACUUGUUAAGGCUUGAAGUUUUUUUUUUUGUUUCACCAGCAAUUCUCUUCCCGGUGAUUGUGAAUCAUGUCACUAAAGGUCUCGCCGUGAAAAAUCUCUCCGGUAGACUUCUGCCGUUGAAAGGAAACCUGAAACAUGUUCAGAAAAUAGGUAAUCAAUCACUGAGGUUGACAGGUAACAUUGAAAAGAGUUUUAAAGAUGUUCUUCGAGAACAUUCUUAAACGUUUGUCGGCAAAUCUUUUCCUAUCCUCCUUCUGCAAUGAUGUGCAUAGCAGCAUCAGAAAAACUCGGUGCAAUUCUCACUGAUAGAAACUAAAGAUCGAUUAUCAGAAAAUAAUUCAGAUUUUCAAAGAAUAAACCUUUUAAUGAUAGCUAAACCUGAGUGCAAACUGCAAAGAUUUGAUUAAAACCUAAGACAAAAUCAAGAACUCACAGUGCUGCCAUGUGUUUCGGCAACGCGUCCCGUCUUCUUUGCAGCUUGGGCAACCUCCUACCCCAUCUCCGAAGCGUCCCUUCCACAGACCAUCUUGGCUGAUCUAAUUAUGAGAGUGUGAGAGAAAGAUCAGUGAAGGUCAAAGACUCAAAACUUUAUCGUCGGUUUAAUGAAUCUGUGAAUAGAAGUGAAAAGGAAGACAUACAGACUUGUAAUUAAAGGGAUGAUAAUGAGACAGAAAGAAAGGUGAAGAGACUAUUAGUUUCAACGGAAUUAAAGAGCUCUAUCGAUUCAUUCGCAAAGAAAAACUUACGUUCUACUGCUGAUGUGGCAAAAGUAUAAAAAUUGUGGUUAAAUUUUUAUGCUUAUGUGGAUAGCCUGAAUGUUGAGUAUAUUCAACUUUUAGUAUUGUAAGAUUAUUAUGGGAAAAUAGAUCGUAUCCUUUUAUUUGUAAAAAUAGUUUGUUGUUGGUAUAAAACAAUUAGAUACAAAUCCAUAUAAUUUUAUAGAAAAAUAUGCAUAAUAAAUAAUAGAUCAUUUUCAAAUAAAUGACCAAUAAAUAUUUUCAUAUAUUGUUUGGAACGGUGACAAUAAAAAUGAGAUAAUAGACUAAAUUAAUUGAUGGAUCUUAAAACAAAUGGGAAAAAAAGGAAACUUUCUUUUCACUAAUUAAAAAAAGGAAAAUUUCCUUUACUCUAUUAUCGUCCAUCUCCAUCUUCUAUAAAUACAGUUCUUUGGAUAACAAAUGAACCCACUCACUCAAGUUGCAAUCCAUCCCACAACAAGAAAGCACUUACACCAAGAAGAAGAAAGAAACUCUUAGAGGGGACUUGACGAUUGGACCGAUUGGAUAUUCUCUCUCCUAAAAGUUUUUCUCCUCCUUCUCUCUACUCGACAAGACUUCAGCGCGACGUUUCUCCGGUGGUCGCCGCCGCGUCCUUAGCGUGGCCGCCGGAGCCCCCUCCCCGUGUUUUCUGUUUCUUCUCCGUCUCUCCCUCUGUGUUCUCUGCGGCGGGUAUAACUCCUCCUUGGUUUAGAUCUGGGUUCAGAUCCGUCUGCUCUGGAGUCUCCUUAGUCGGAAGCUAGGAGGUGGCGCCGCUUGAGGACGUCGGCUGCUCCUUCUCGUUACCGGCGAAGGUCUCGUCUAGGGCUUUCUACCCAUCAGUUUUCCUCUGCUAAGGUUGAGUUUGUGUGCGAGUGGAGGUGAGUGUGGCGUCGUUGAGGCCUUUCCGGUGCCUGUGUUCCUUUCCGGCGUGACAGUGUGGCGGCGGUGGUACGCAAAGCUUCGGUAUCGGUUCGGAUCUGAGAUCUCGCGAGUCUAGGGUCCGUCCCCUUUAUCUCCACCGGUGGUCUGUGGUGGAGGCGCGUGGGGUUCUUCGGAGGUCGCGUUCGACUCGAUCUUCCGGUUUCUCCAGUGGCAGCGCGUGGUACUAGCGACGGCGCGUGGUGACGGCGCGUGACGGUCCGGCAGCAUGUGGUGGCGGCGCGUGUGGUCGGUUGUUCUUCAUUGGCUCCGUUUUUUAGCGGCAUUCUGGUUUUCCCGGUUGUAUACCUCGUCUCUUCCUUGGGGCUCUCGGCGGUGAGGCCAUUCAUCUUCCUCGUUCUACCCAUUAAGGGUGACAUUGUCUUGUUUUUCCUAUGGUCGAUGCGGCCAUUCUCUUGUUUCUAUGCGGCAGUUCGGCACUUGGGUUUGCUGCUUCUCUUGUAGGUUCACUUCUGGAGGUUUAGCUUUUGUACGGUCCGCUCUCUCUAUAUGAGAUUUCGGUUCAAUGGGUGUAUACGGUCACAAAGGGUCGGGUUUGGAGACGGCAAUCUUCAGGUCUGCCGUUUGAACGACGGCAUCGUCGCGUGAAGGCUCUCUCUCGUGCCGUCGGAGGUGCGUCUGUCUGGUUUGGUAGUAAGUCUGUGCUAUGAUUCUUCGAGUUGGUUGUGUUGGGAAGGUGGUAGGAAGCUGCAGGAGCCGUAGCUUCUAGGUUUGAGGGCGCCUAUCUAUCGGUAGCUCGUGGUAACUGGCUAUCUAUCUCCGACCUUCUGGUUUCGCUUGGUCUUAGCGCGUCUCGCUGUUUAGCUAGUUAUUAGGUUUGUCGCUCUUCUUUGGUUUCAAUUCAUUGUUGCUUUUGUCCGUCUGUUUAGUUUCAUUAUGCAAUUCCGCUACUAGUUGUCUCUGUAAACUCUGUCAAAACUCGAAAAUGGUAUAAUAUUUAACAUUUUACCAAAAAAAAAAAAAGAAAGAAACUCUUAAACCUGAGAAAAUGGAGAUUUGCUUGGACUGCAAGAAAUCUACCGAAACAGUGAUAGACCUAAGAACCGGCGACACAAUCUGCACAGAGUGUAGCCUCGUCAUCUCCGAUCACUACAUCCACGACUGCCAAGAAUGGAGAACUUUCGCUAACGACGACAACAGCGACCGAGACCCUAACCGUGUAGGUGAUCCGACCAACCCUCUUCUCAAAUCCGGCGGUAUCGGCACCAUCAUCGAAACACGCAAAGAAAACACUUUGUCCUCCGUCCCUAAAAACAACGACAUAUUCGGUUUGUCCCGGGCUCAGAAUCUCGUUAGGAACAAGGAAGAAGAUGUGUUCAAGAAAGCGUGCAACGAAAUCAAGAGAAUGACUGAGGAUCUUGACCUAAUAAGAGGUGUCGAGUUUAGGGCUUGCGAGAUUGUCUCCAAGUUUGAUGUUGACAAAAGCAAGAAGUUACGCAGAGGGAAGCAGUUAACAGCUCUCUGUGCUGCCUCUGUUUCAACGGCUUGUCGUGAGUUGAAACUCUCGAGGACGUUGAAAGAGAUCUCCACGGUGGCUAAUGGCGUGAGUUUGAAGGAUAUAAACAAGGCCAGUAUGGGGAUAAAGCGUCUUCUAAGGUCAGAUCAAGACGAGGCUGUUUCUGAUGCUCCUCCUCAGGUGAUACUCAAGACAGGAGAACUUGUUCGCCGCUUCUGUUCUAAACUCGACUUAAGUGAAAAAGAAAGAAAGGCUAUUAGAGAGGCUGUUGAAAUGGCUGAGAAUUUCGAUAUCAGGAGAACCCCUAAGUCGGUUCUUGCUGCUAUCAUCUUCAUGAUCUGUCAGCUAUCUCAGACCAAACAGAGACAUAUUUCAGAUAUUGCGUUGGCUUCAGAAGUCGUGGAGAAUACCAUCAAGAAGUCUGCUAACGACAUGUACCCUUACGCCUCCAAGAUUAUACCCAAAUGGUAUGCUUCUGAAGAACACAUUAUCAACAAGUUAGGAGGUAACAUAGGUUCUUGGGAUGGUGCAAAACUUACAGUAUAAGCAAGUCUUUACUGCGCAAGAAGUUUUUGGAUUUAUGUUGAAGGAUAUGUUCUGAUUAAAGAUCUAUGGGAUCUAUUUCUGCUUUAAAUAACAAGUUGUAUAUAGAGAGAGAUUUGUUGACACACAAUGUUGAAUGAAAAUAUAUAGACCUUCAGAAAGUAAUAUUCGUUGAAGUGCAUAGAGACUAAGUGGGGCUUAUUGGAUUAGGGAUUUCAUAAAAUUUUAGAUUUUUGCCAAAUCCUCCCUUAUUGGAUUAGGUAUUUAUAAAAAGUUUUACAAAUCUUCCCUUAUUGGAUGUAUCAUUUAUAAAAACCCUAUUAAAUCACCCCUUAUUGGAAAAUAUGGAUUUCAUCAAUGAAUUCAUGAAAAGUUAUUUUGGAUUAUUAAAAACUAUCAUUUACACUUCAAAUCUAA